AUGCACGGCCUUCUUGCUUCGCUCUCGCUCAUGGCGUCUGCCGCCGCUGGCGUCCUGGCUGCCGACCUGAGGAUUGACGUUACGCUACCGGUUGAAUGUGACCGCCGUACGCAAGUUAACGACAAGAUUUAUGUCCACUACCGGGGGACGCUGCAGUCAAAUGGCAACAAGUUUGAUGCCAGUGAGUCCAACUACAUUGCCAGAGGCUACGACAGAGGCACACCGUUCUCCUUCGUUUUGGGCCAAGGACAGGUGAUCAAGGGCUGGGAGCAAGGUCUUCUCGACAUGUGCAUCGGCGAGAAGCGAACACUCACUGUCCCACCCGAAUAUGGCUACGGCCAGCGUGGCAUUGGCCCCAUCCCUGCCGGCUCUACUCUGGUCUUUGAAACCGAGCUGAUCGGCAUCGAGGGUGUUCCUAAGCCUGAAUCGAUCGUUACGAAGGCGGCUACCGGUGACCCUUCCGCGGACUCGAGCGCCAGCACUGAAGCCGAAGCCGAGGCCGAAACGCCAAAUGUCGCGGAAAUAGUUGUCAGCAAAGUUGCAGAGGCGGCCGAUGUCGUGAAAACGAUUGUCGCCGACACCGACGACAGCCAGGAGCACAACGAGCUGUAG